AUGGUACUCAAGCAACGCACACUCACUCUAUGCCAGGUAACCUCCAACCAAAUCCGCUGCUACGAGCUCUCCCCCGGCGCCCCCGCCCAAGGAACCUACGAAGUCGCGGCCGGCUCCACCCUCGGCUUCACCGCACAAUCCUCCAUCUCGCACCCGGGCACUCUCCAAUUUUACAUGGCGAAGGUGCCUAGCGGAGAGACCGCCUCCACCUGGGACGGCAGCGGCAACGUGUGGUUCAAGAUUUUCGAACAGGGUCCCACGAUCACUGGUGGUGGUCUGACUUGGCCCAGCCAGGGGAAGAGUCAGGUCACGGUGCCGAUUCCGAAGAGCUUGCCAAGUGGGGAGUAUCUUUUCAGGGUGGAGCACAUUGCGCUGCAUAGCGCGGGGAGUGCGGGGGGUGCGCAAUUCUAUAUUAGUUGUGCGCAGGUUAAGGUUACGGGCGGUGGUAGCGGCUCGCCAGGCCCUCUCGUGUCGUUCCCGGGAGCUUACAAGGCGACUGACCCUGGAAUCAUGAUCAAUAUUUACUACCCUGUGCCCACCUCGUAUACUCCACCGGGACCCAAGGUGUGGACGGGCUAG